AAAGGAUAGUAACACCUGCUUUGUUGAAUGAUAGACAAGGAAAGCAACAUCAAAGUUAAUCAAAUACUGUCAUUAUAACGUGGACCUCACUAUAGAGUUGAUUGCAAUUUUAGUUGCAUAGAUUUUGAUAUUUUUAAUAAUUCUAAUUCAUUAUGGUGGGGUGCUCGGCACCAAAUUGUGCCAAUAAAACAGAGAAAGGGUUUCGCUUGUUUAGAUUUCCUACAGAUGAAAGAAGAAAGGCAAUUUGGCUUCAAAAUUGCAGACGUGAUAAAUGGAAGCCAACAUCAAAUUCCAGACUGUGAAGUGGGUGUAACUUAAACUUAAUUUAUUCAUUCGAUUUUAAAGAAUGAGAAUAAAAGACCACUUUGAAGAAAAUCAGUGGGAGCUCCAUCGAGCAGAUGAGUGGAGAAAGUUGAAGCCAAAUGCUAUUCCAACUUUAUUUAAUGUUCCGAAUCCACCAAAAAAGCUUAUAUCAACAAGGCGGUCAACUUACAAGGACACAACCCCUAGUGAGAUAGCUGGAGGUGCUACAAUCACAGAAAAUGAAACUGCUAAUCUUGGUGUAGGGAAAGGCACAGCAUUAUCUCAUGAGGCAUUUCCUGCUGGGGAGGAGGAGCAAAUAAAGCAGCUCAAGAAUGAAGUUGCUUCACUGAAGGAGUCCAGGAGUUCACUAAUGGUCCAGAUGGUCCAAGAUUUAAAUAGUUCAAAACUAUUUUUUCAAGAUAUGCUUAUUAUAGUAUUAGUGGUGUGAGUUGUGAUAUGGAUUAUCAAACCAUGUUAUUGAGAGAAAUUUGUAGAUAGCUAAACGUUCUCCCUCUAGUUUCGUCUCUGCGCGGUCAUCACUCUCUCAGCUCACCUGUUCAAAAGUCCAAUUUUGUGGCCUGAGUGAUGACUCCGCUAUUUAUUUAUUUAUUGGAUAGAGCAUACAAUAGACUAUUAUUUUAUGUAGACUACUAAUAAUAUGAACCUAUGUGAGCGGGGUGUUUGAAUUGUUACAGAAGAAAGGUAUUUCUUAAGUUGUGUAGGUAAUAAUCUAUUGCAUUGUCAGGAUUUGCUUGAAAAUAUAUUAAAAAAAAAAAAAAAGUAUAAUACUUGUGUAUUGUAUAAUGAAAUUCAAUGAUAGUUUGCUUACACAUUACAUGUAUCGUCUUACAUGUUUCUUGUAAAUGUGUUUCAAGAAUGGAAAGUAUCUUAAUACUUAAAAUAUAACAAUUCAUAUAGAUAAUAUAAAAUAUAUAACUAUACAGGGUGAUUCAUAAUUAUGGUGAAAUAUUUUAAUACGUGAUAGUAGAGGUAAAAAUAAGAAAAAAAGUUCAU